AUGGCGAAGUUGCGCCUAAUAAAUAGCUUUCCAAUGGCCGUCGGGCGCAAUCCCCCCGAGCCCAUCCUCCCAUGCGCCCACCUCCUCGCAGACGCAUCCCACCUCCCGGCGUCUGCUAAAAAACGUCUCGAUGACCAGCCGUGCCGCCGCCUCCCACCUCCCCGGCGACCAGCCGUGGCCCCGCCUCCCACCUCCCCGGCGUCCAGCCGUGCCGCCGCCUCCCACCUCCCCGGCGACCAGCCGUGGCCCCGCCUCCCACCUCCCCGGCGUCCAGCCGUGCCGCUGCCUCCCACCUCCCUGGCGACCAGCCGCGGCCCCGCCCCCACCUCCCUGGCAUCCAGCCGUGCCCCCGCCUCCCACCUCCCGGGCGACCAGCUGCAGCCCCGCCCCCACCUCUCCCCGCUCGCACCUACCGGCGACUCGCCGCACCCCCUUCCCACCUACCGGCGAAAUAACGUGCCCCCGCCGGUCGUCGCAUCCACUGCCUCGCACCAGUCGCCAUGGCUACCAACCACCGCGGAGGCGACCGCUCCCUCCCUGAUUUUAGGCGUCGCUGGCCCCCCUCCCCUUCCUUCCAAGCGCCGCCGACCGCUCCCCGCUGAUUCCACACAUCGCCACCCCAUCCCCUGCUUCCACGCGCUGCUAUCCCUCUGCUUCCACCGCGUCGGCGGCUCGCUCCCUGCUUCCACUUCCAUUCGCCGCCUUAGAACCCCGCACACUACCGCCCUCCCAUACCCCCUACAGCUCGUCGUGUGCAAGCUCGUCAGUCCAAGUUCUCCGGCGAGCUCGUCUCUGGUUUCGUUUUCCUUAACACUCGCAAUGGCAUGCUCCAAGCCCGCCGAGACUGAAUCAUUUGACACCAGUUCUCUGCACAGCGUGGCUCGACGUGCAGCCCGCCAUCUCCUUCGUGUACAUCCAGACAAGAUGUUGUGGUGUACAAUUUAAUGCAUGAUGAGAUCUCAAUGCUCGCAGUGUCCCUGUCAACAAACGCACUCAAGUUCUAUGCUCCAGCAACUGGACAGUAUUUGGGCGAAUGCACAGGUCAUACGGGGAGUAUCCAUGAGAUUGCCUUUUCAGCUCCGUCUUCGCUGCAAGUGAUAUGCUCUUGCUCUGGUGAUGGAACUAUCAGAGCCUGGGACACAAGGAGCUUCAAGUAGGUCCCCCCUACCACUUUGUGAUUGUUGAAUACUCAUGUUGGUUAUACAUGGUUACUUUCUUUUAAUAUUAUAUAAAUUCCGAGCCAUCACUAUGUUUCUCAGUUUCUGUAUGGUAAAUAUUUUGUACUUUCAUUAAGUGUUAAUUCUUGUGAUGCUUGGUUUGGAUCGAGGUUGGUUCAUUCUUGUAAUUCUUGUUCUUGUUUCUACCUCAGCCAAUAAGUUGUAUCCCCAUGUACAAAUUUCUAAUUUCUAUUGCUAUUAGUUCAAAUGAUCAAUUGCUAUAAGUUCCCCUGAUAUUGUCCCAUCAGUACACAUUUCUAAUUUCUAUUGCUAUUAGUUCAAAUGAUCAAUUGCUAUAAGUUCCCAUGAUAUUGUCCCAUCAGUUCAAGUGAUCAUUGUUGUCUUGUUUAAGCCGUUUAAGUACAAAAUAACUAGCGUUGAUCUUUGUGCAGCGAUCAGGCCGUUCAGCUCUGCCACCGCAAGGCGUUCACCUCUGCCACACGAGGUCGUUCGACGAUGCAGCGCUCAUCAUGUUGUGUUUUUAAAGUACAUGUUUUGUGUGCUUUCUAGUUCACCUAUUUAACGAUUCUAUAGUACACUAGGUGUUUGUGUUAUGCCUUAAUAAGCAUUUGAGAAAACCUUGUAUGGACCGAAACUAGCAUAUGUUCUGUUCUAUUCUUGUAAAUGAAGCUCCACUUUUGUUUUGUUUCAAGUUAUUUGGCAAAAAAAUUAGUAUAUGUUCUACUGUAAAAGACAUAAAAUGUCUUGAUGCAUGCUAGCAGAAAUCUAAAAAUACACUCAGUUCAGUUCCUA